CUCCACCGGAGCCAGAAGGUAUGAGACGGACCCCCCCUGUGGGCCUGGGGGACCUGACCCUCAUGUCCCGAGGACUGGUCAUCACCCCGCGCCCCUGGACCGCCCAGCACAUCAGCAUCGCACACACACCUGGCUCUACACACUCAUAUACACACACACCUCCAUACACACCUGUGGAAGGACAGGGAGCAGGGGAACCCAGAAAGACAGCACUGCAGUCAGACUCAGUCUCAUUGGUACAGUCAGCCCCAGAUGAGCAUCUGUCCCUGGGGGAGAUCAAGGACCUGCUCUCCCGGAGGCUGGGGGAGAGGCUGGAGGAUGUGAGGGCAGCGUUCAAGGCCCUGGACCCUGAGGGGAGCGGCUCAGUGACCCGGGGGGAGUUCAGACAGGUGGUGGAGGCCUUCCUCUUCCCCCUCACGCAGACCCAGCUCAACGCCAUGCUGGCCAAGGUGUCUAAGAGAGACAGUGUAACGGUGGACUACAUGGACUUUCUCAGGAGGUACAGCAGGGUGACUACAGCACAGAGACCCUACAGCUCUACAGCACAGAGACCCUACAGCUCUACAGCACAGAGACCCUACAGCUCUACAGCACAGAGACCCUACAGCUCUACAGCACAGAGACCCUACAGCUCUACAGCACAGAGACCCUACAGCUCUACAGCCUCCUCUACAGCACAGAGACCAGACAGCUACCACAGGUGUGUCUCUGGAUCAGACCAGAGGGGUAUGACCCUGACUGAGAUACAGCAACGCCUCAAACACAAGAUUGGGAGCAACCUGAAGAAUGUAAUCCGGGCCUUUCGUCUGUUCGACUACAACCGAGACGGACAGAUCCAGCAACACGAGCUGCGCCGGAUACUGGAGAACUACUGCUUCCCCUUAUCACAGAGAGACUACCAGAGACUGUGGACCCACCACAGCCCUAACAACAUGGCAACCAUGUCCUACAAAGUGUUCCUGGAGAAGCUGGGCCUGGAAUCUAACAAGUGCAGGAAGCUUGUCCCGGAGCCUCCAAAGCUAGCGUUGGGCUGGCAAGAAAUUAGUCCUCCAGACAAGAUAAAACUGAGGAACAGAGCCUUGUCCCAGAAUGCAACAGGAGAUACACAGGAGAUCCAAGGCCUGACUCAAGAUGAGCUGCAGACGCUCUUCCUGGAAAAGCUGUGUGUGAGCUGUACCCUAGUGUGGAGAGCACUGCAAGCGUUUGAUGUCACCCACUCUGGACUGGUGUCACAGGAAGACCUGAGGGCUGUCCUCAGCAGCUUCCUGUUUCCCAUGAGCCUCAGCACCUUCCAGAGCCUGACCUGCCGUUUUGGGGUGAGAGCAACAGGGCCUGUCAAAUGGAAACAGUUCCUGGGUCAGUUUCAGGGUCCAGUCACAGAGGAGGACUACACCACUCCUCAAACAGAGAGGGUUCCUGAGCUACCUGACGCAGAGGAGGGCCAUCGGAGUCUGACAGAGUUCUACCCUAUGCUGAAGAGAGCCUUUAAACAGUUGGACAGGGGUAGGAUAGGGAGGAUCACCAGGGCAGACCUUCGUCAGGCUUUGGAAGUCCCCCAGUAUAACCUGAGGGGUCCCCAUAACUCCUGGUCCAGCCGCAGGGAGCCCCACACCCCCAGGCCCCGUCUGAGCCCAGCCCAGGUUAGAGAGCUCCUGAUCCUGCUGGACCCAGAGCACACUGGGGUCAUCACUCAGCCCAGCCUGGAGCUGCUCAAACCCAGGAGGGUGCACUCUUCCCCGGGGAGGGAGACACUACACACCCCUACUGGAGGAUGGAAGGAGGAGAUCAUGGAGGAUGCGGCUCAGGAGGAGCAGAGGGAGUUGAAUGAGACUCAGUAUCCACAGUGGAUUGAAAAGGCACCCACGGCAGCAGACAAAUGGACUACCGUGAAGGGCUUGCUGCGUGAUAAGCUGAGUGAUCAGAUAGGUCCCAUGCUGGAGGCUUUAGGGGACUGUGACCCUCGAGAGACAGGAUCUGUUCGCAAUGAAGACCUGAGAAGGAUCAUACAAUGUUACGGCCUGCCCCUCUCACACACACACUUCAACAAACUGAACUAUCAAGCCCAGAAUGCCUUGGUGAACAACAAGCCAGUGCGUUCCCCCAGCACCACUGUGGGGGGUCCAAGGGUUCGCAUGGCGGAGAACAUUAUGUUCAGGAAGCUCAAAGAGAGGCUGGACCACAGACAUGUUACCCUCAACGACCAUAUCCGGACAAUGGCCAGUAGCUCAGACGGAAUGCUGUCGUUGAGAGAUCUAAAGAAGAUACUGGAUGACAGCGGGAUCACCUUGGAUGAGAAGCAGUUCCGCAAGCUCAACAUAUCGCUUGGUUUCAAAGACGGAAACAUUUCCUGUUCGGCUUUCCUGGAUAAGUAUGAUGAGCACCAGGCCAGAGAGCAGAACCAGGCCUCGGUGGGUAACCCUGGUAACCUGCGGGCUAAGCCACGCCUUCUGACAGCGGAGGACUGCCUCGGUGUGAUCAAAGAGAAGAUCGAAAACAUCCACGGGGACAUCCUGUCAGCGUUCCGUGUGAUGGAUCAGAACUGUGACAGGGUGGUGGACAGGCAUGACUUCAGAGAGCUGUAUGACAGUCUGGGCCUGGUCACCAAGGAGAGGGAGUACCAGCGCCUGCUGCAGCUGCUGGGCCUGCAGCCUGGAGCCAACCUCAACUACCCAGAGUUCUUCACCCUCGUCCAAUCCAGCGGCAAGACCCGCAGGCAGAAUGUCAAGCCAGCCAAUGGGCCAGACCAACUGCAUGACCACCUGGUGUCCAACGCACGCCACAGAUGGACUGCUAUGUCAAAGGUGAUUUGUCACUUUGAUGAAGAUGGUCAGGGUCUGGUCUUUAAGAAGGACCUCAGGAGUCUCGUCUAUACCUACGACCUCCCCAUCAGUCCUGAUGAGUUUGAGGAACUGUGGGCCAGGUAUGAUGGAGAAGGGCGUGGCUACCUCACCUGUGCUGCGUUCCUGGAGAAGCUGGGCGUGGAUCAACAGGAGGUGGGACAUGCGAGGAAGGAUGCAGACACCACUCCCACAGAUGGUCUCCCUGCACGGGCUACGUUUCAGGACGUUGAGCGCUUGGUGCAGGGUAACUGUGAGGGGUUGAGCAGUGCUCUGACCCGCCUGGAUAAGAAGAGAGAGGGCCUAGUCAGGGUGGAGGACCAGAGUCUGCUCCAGAGAUACAACUGUCCCCUACACAGACACCAGCUCACCCACCUCCUACACACACUCAAGGUUCCAAUGGACAGUGAGGACAGGACGUUGUCAUACGUGGACUUCCUGAAGGCGUUUGACCACGUGACAGGGAAGGGGUGUGAGCACCCCCCUAGGCCCUGUGGAUCCCCUGACCCAGCCGAGAGUCUGGAGUGGCUCAGUCCUGAAAGAGCUGCUGGUAGGAUACGGGAACUGGUCACUGCAUCGAUGGAUAUACUCCACAAGGCCUUCUCUGCCUUCGACAGGAGUGGGAACGGGACAGUCACCCCUCUGGAGUUCCGGCGGGUGCUGGACCAUUUUUGUGCCCGCCUCUCGGACCCCCAGUUCAGAUUCCUGCUCGACAGAAUGAAGCUGAACUGGGAGAACCACACGGUGUACUGGAGAGACUUCCUCAACCAGUUCAACCUAUGCAACCUGGACGUGUGUGAUUGGGUCUGUGUGUGUGUGGUGGGGUGUCCGUACUCUGUGUUUAUAUGUAGGCCUGUGCAUGUGCAUUAUGCAUCUGUUUUUAUUUGUUGCGUGUGUAUGCAUCUGUGUGUGCAGACCCCUGAGGAUUGGUCAGACAGAGUGGGUAAGGCAGGUUUCCCCGCCCAGCCCCAGCCUCUGCCAAUCAGUGAGGAAGUUGUCUCCGCCUGCCUGUACACCAUCACCAAGGAGAUAGUGGACUUAGAACACACCCAUAAUGACACCAUCUCUAAAGAGGACUUCAGAAUGAUGUGUGACCGCCAUUUCAUGAGGCUCACCAGUGACCAGUUUGAGAGGGUGUGGGAGAAGCUGCCAGUGAAUGUGCUGGGGGAUCUGGAGUACAGGGAGUUCCUGAAGCACGCCAGUGGAGCUGUUGCGAUAAGGGACAAGACCACAGACCCAGAGGACAUCAGUCCCCUGAAAUCUGCAUCACCACCAUCCCCUGGGCUCAUAGAUAUGUCACCAUCACCACCAUCCCCUGGGGCCAUAGAUAGGAUGUCAUCCUCCCCACCAGCUCUACAGAGACCAAAGACUACAGGCAGCAACCUCCAACGCUCAAAGUCGGAGGUGGGUGUGUCCAGCAGGGCCAGACGUCCGUCCACGGCUGGGAGAGAGAAGGAGGGCCCCCUGGUGGACUGUGAGGAGGUGGAGAGGAGGCUGAAGGGGGAGGUGCAGCGCUGCUGGAGGGACAUUCAGAGGAGGUGCAGGGAGGAGGACAGAGAGAGAGACGGAGAGAUCAGCACACGCUGCUUCCUGGACAUCCUGCAAAGCCUCAAUGUCAGUGUGACCCAGAAGGAGCUUGAUCGUCUGGCUGUAAAGUUCGACAUGAGGGACAGUGGGCGUGUGUCAUAUCUUGACUUCCUACGUCACUUCCUCCUCAACUUGAAACCGCCAGCAGUCAGACAGCCCUUUGAGCGGCCCAAACUACCUCUCCCCACUACACCGAUGAGUGGGGGUGUUCUCAGUAGACAGUGUGUGGAAGCCAUGCUGAGGCUCUAUGGCCCGGUCCAGCAGUUCUGGCGCUCCUUGAGGCAAAACUUUGUUACCUUCGACCACAACCGCAGUGGCAAAAUCUCUAUCAAGGAAUUCAGAAAGGUACUAAGGCAGUUCAGAGUGAACCUAUCUGAGGAGGAAUUCUUCCACCUCACCUCUUUCUUUGACAAGAACACUACGGGGAAGAUCUCCUACAAUGACUUCCUACAGGGCUUCCUACACUGACCUCUAACCUCUGCCCUCUAACUAUGGCCCUACUGUAGGCUCCUGUGAAGGUUUAGCUAGUUAUCGCUGAUAAAUCAGUCCAUAUUGAUCACUAUAAUUGCACUGCACCACUGAGUGAAGGAGGGAUACACAGAAUUAUUACAAAAUCAUGUCAUGUAAAUUAAAACAUAUAAAGUGAUGUAUUAAAUAAAAUAUGCAUUUGAGGGUUUUCUCCCAAUAUCUUCCCCUGGCAUGUCUACAUCUUUUUCUCCCUCUAGCAUACCGAUUUAUCUCUCCGCUGUAUGACUUUAUGAUACUGAUUGCUUUCCGAACCAAACCCAACCAAAUAAAGUGCUUUUGAAUGAUGUACGGACGCUGCAACACGCAGGGGGACUGUCUUUGUUCCCAUCUGACGGGAAACGAAAUGGAUGACAAGGAGAAGGAGAGGGCGUUUGUCAUUCAUGAGAUAGACGGCAUCACCGUUGCAAGACAGAACCCAGAGAGAGAGAGAGAGAUCAUUAUCUAAAUCAUCUACAGAAAAAUGGAGAGAGAGUGAACAACCGAAAGUGCCAAUGGAGAUGGAGUGUGAGACCAUGGAAAGAUAGAGGGAGGGAUAGAAGGAAAAUAAAGAGAGAGAUGGGAGUCUAUAUGAUAGGUACUGUAUUAAUGGUGUAAAGCGAAAAGCCAGCCGCAAAUAAAUUACCCCAUCUCCUCUGGGAUUACUAAUGUAAUUAUUUGAACGAGGGUUCUCAUUAGAAUGUGCAGAGGUGUGGAAGAACCAAGCUAUCAAAUGAGAGAUGAGGAACCCAGGUUUAGACACUGGAAAUUAACUCUGGUCCCGGCUCACAUAAUUGAUAUGAGACACAGAUACGUUUGAUUGGUGCAAAAGAGCCAAACUGAAAAAGAAACAAUCACCACACUUUUUUUUGCCACAGAACAAAAGAAAAGAAAGGAGGAAAACUUACACAAAGAAAGAGUGUGGGGAAGAAAAGGAGGGAUGGUCCAUUGGUCACAGAUAAGGUUUAAUUCAAUUUGUGUAGAUAAUCUCUCAGAAAA